UCAACGCGGACUCUCAAAACAAUUUCUUUUUAUUAUUUUAUUUUAUAAUUUAUUCACAGGAAUUACUGUGACUUUCCCCUAGCUCUGUACACCGUCUGUAAGUGAUUGGAAAUGGCACCGUCUCUCUCACAAGCCUACAGAAGGCGCUGGUGGAUGGCCUUGACGGCUAUAAUUGAGAACCUGCUCUUCUCUGCUGUGUUGCUAGGCUGGGGUUCACUCCUAAUCAUGCUCAAGGCUGAGGGUUUCUAUUCACAUUUGUGCAUAGAAAAUGAGACUGAGCAUCAUGUUAACAGAAGCUUGGAGGAGGGCUCUGUGUGGCUGAGCUGUGUUGAGCAAGAGGAGAUCCUGAAUCUUGGCUUUACGAUCGGCUCUUUUAUCAUCAGCGCAGCCACUCUGCCACUGGGAAUCCUGAUGGACAAGUAUGGGCCACGCCCCCUACGGCUGCUGGGCAGUUCCUGUUUUGCAUUCUCAAUGAUCUUGAUUGCUGUGGCAGGAUAUGAUCCUUCAAUAUUAUCACCUCUCAUCUUUAUUGCUGUCUCUUUCAAUGGCUUUGGAGGAAUAUGUCUGACCUUUACUUCAUUAACGCUCCCCAACAUGUUUGGAAAUGUGCGUUCCACCAUUCUUUCACUCAUGAUCGGUUCUUAUGCUUCCUCUGCGGUUACCUUCCCAGGAGUCAAGUUAAUCUAUGAUCUGGGGGUGUCAUUCCGCUUGAUCUUCUGGGUGUGGGCAAGCUUGGCAUGUCUUGUCUUCCUCAACUGCUUUCUUAAUUGGCCCGUGGAGCCUUUUCCCGCCCCUGAGGAGAUCAGCUACACUAAAAAAGUAAAGCUGAGUGGUGUAGCAAUGGAUCAUAAAGUGACAGGGGAUCGCUGCUAUAGUCAUGUAACCACUGUAGCGCGGGAAAUUACUAAAAAACAGGUUUUGGAUGAGUAUAAACAAAGCAAUGGAGCAGCUGCACAGUGCCAGGGUGAGAGUUACACAAACAUAUGCAUACAUACAGUGCUUGCACACAUCUGCAAUCACAGAAAAGCAUACCGUAUUACAUGUGGUGUCUGUGUACUUUUAGGUGCCCAGCCAUUUCGCCGCUCUGUGUGUUCUGCCAUCUUCUUGUGGAGUUUGAUCACCAUGGCGAUCACCCAGCUCCGCAUCAUAUUUUAUAUGGGAGCCAUGAAUAAGAUGUUGGAGUUCUUGGUUACACAUGGUGACCCCAAUGCUCCAGAAGAGUUGGUGAAAGAAGCAGAAGAGCAAGUGAGCCUCUACUCGUCUAUCUUCGGCACUAUGCAGCUGCUGUGUCUCCUGACCUCCCCUCUUAUUGGCUACAUCAUGGACUGGAAGAUGAAAGAGUGCGAGGAGGACAGUAGUUUGGUGGAUGGAGAGAACAGGCCACCCAAGAGAGACAGAAAGAUCCAGAAACUCACCAAUGCAAUCACAGCUUUUAUCUUCACUAAUCUCUUGCUGGUGUUGUUUGGCACCACAUGCUUGAUAGACAACCUUCCUCUCCAGUUGAUGUCCUUUGUUCUUCAUACUGUUGUAAGAGGUUUCAUUCACUCUUGCUGUGGAGGACUCUAUGCUGCUGUGUACCCAUGUAACCACUUUGGCACUCUGACGGGCCUGCAAUCUUUAAUGAGCGCUCUGUUUGCGCUCCUCCAGCAGCCACUGUUUGUCUUCAUGUUGGGUCCACUUAGGGGAGAUCCUUACUGGAUCAACUUUGGGCUGCUUAUUUUCUCAGUGCUUGGCUUUCUGUUGCCAGGAUACCUGUUCUACCAUCGCAGACAACUCAUUAAACAGAAGAAGGUACGGGAUCAGGCAACAACUGACCAGUCAGAAGUUGUUUGUAACCAGUCAGCAAAUGGCCCUGAGAAACUCUACAGUGAUGGGCUUGAUACAGACAAGAUUUAAGAAGGAGCGAUAUAGAAAACGAAUUUGUGACAAAGGCAAUUGCAUUCUUGCUUUUCUGAACAACAAACUUGAAUACAAAUAACCAAAGAUUUACACCAUGGACAUUUUUAAGGGGACAUUUAGGGAAAUUUAUAUUCAGCCAUAUGGUGGGAUUAAAAAAGGGAGCAAUUACAAAAAGGUCCACAUUUUCAAAUCGCACAAUUUAUAAAUUCUAUGGAUGCAACUUUUAGGUCUUAUGACCGAGCCAGCAGGAUUGUUUUUAAUAAAUAAAUAAAAUUAAUAGACCUCAUUUACCAAGCUGAAUAGAAACAAAGGCAUUUGCAAACCAAUCGCAGCAGAAGUUGCACAAAAUGUGGUAUUAAUGAAAAAUUAUUUAUUCGGAAAAACAUUUGAAACUCGGAUAAUUGUUGUGCAGUACUGAUAUACAGAUUAUUCUGACAAGUUUCAAUGGCUUAUGUAGCGUAAAUGUAAUGAAAACUUACAUUGAGCAAUCUAGAACAAAUCCACAAAUUAAAAUACAUAAGACUAAAAAAAGAAAUGGCACCCAAUAACAGGAGGAAGAGUUAGUCUCUGUCCAUGGUAACCGACGCAAUGCAGUAGCUGAGCUGCAUUACUGGAGACACACAAUGCUUAGAAGACACUCUUUCACCAUUUAGUUGCCAUUUUGUCAGUUCCAGCUCUCUGAUAGCUUUGCUUUUUAUGGUGUUCUGUGUUGUGGGCAUCACUAAACUUAAAUCUGCUGUGCUAUGAAUGUGCUUGGUCAUUUAUAGGCGUAUAUGAAGAAACAUGUUACCGAAACCAAACCUGGCGGGAAUUUAGGUUUCACUUACAAAAACAUAUUAAUGACUGAUGAAUGUAAUGCACUUUGCAAUAAAUCAUCACAUUAUACUGACUGGCUGAUAUCACCAUAAGCUACCUCCAGUUAGUGGUAAACCAUUACUCAGUUAAACCAUUACGUCUAAGUCUGUUGGUACUGCAUGUGUCUGUUUAGAGCUCUUUUUAAUAGUAUUGUUCUGUUAGUCACUGCAGUUUGUACUGAGUAGAAGAAAGAAUGUAUACUUGCUUAUUAUACUUAGUUUGUUUUAAUGCGUGUUUGUGUUUGGCAGUCAGUGCUUCUGUUAUGAGGACAUGAGUUCAAACCACAGCACUGUUACGGUUGGCUCCUUGAGUAAGAUCUUUAAUAAUAAACUGUGCAAUUGUAUCCUGUUAGUGUCACUGUAAGUGACUUUGGAAAAAAUCCUCAGCCGAAUGAGUAAAAACACACAAAUUUAUGGUUGCCAAAUUAUUUGCUAACUGCACUUUGAACUUGUACACCAUUACUUUGUACUUGAAGUGUAUGAUUAUAUUUUCAUGUCAGAGUUAUAGAGCUAUGUACAAAUUGUUUUAACAAAAGUCAACCUACUUUAGAUGCAGAAAUGCGGAAUCAAUCUAAUGAUAUUGGGAGAAUAAGAUAAGCUAGUCCUAUUUACUGACAAAUUAAUGUUUUUGUGGACUUCCACCUGAAAGUUUGAUGAGUUGCACUUCUGCUAUCAGGGAUUUAUUUGUCUGUGAACUUGUUUUUUAUGUAUUAACCUUUCUCUCAACAAAUGUCAAACAACAGUCCAGACCUUCAGUAAGAAGGUUACAGGGUUAUACAGUGCUGUGAAAAAGUAUUAAACAAAUUUAUAUAUAUUUUUUGUACAUCUCAUACUUAAUGCUUUUAGAUUUUCAAACCAAAUACAACCUGAAUAAACACACAAUACACUUUUUAUUUAUUUUAUUGAGAAAAAACAAACAAAAAAAACUUAUCCAACACCUAUCUCCCAAGUGAUAAACUAAUUGCCCCCUUAAAUGUAAAAUCUGGUUGUGUCACCUUUAGCAGCAACAACUACAACCAAAUGUUUCUGGAUGCUUUGGAUCAUUGUCUUGCUGCAUAAUCCAGUUGCAUUUGAGUUUCAAAUUAUGGACUGCAGACCGGACAUUCUCCUUUAGGAUUUUCUGAUAGAGAGUAGGAUUCAUGUUUUCCUCAAUUAUUGCAAGUUGCCCAGGUCCUGAAGUAGCAAAGCAUCCCCACACCAUCACACUUCCACCACCAUGCUUGACCGUAGGUAUGAUGUUCUUUUUGUGGAAUUCUGUGUUUGGUUUACGCCAGUUGUAACAGGACCCCUGUCUGCUCAGUCCACAGAACAUUGUCCCAAAAGGUUUGAGGAUCAUCAAGAUGUGUUUUGGCAAAAUUCAGAAGAGCCUUAAUGUUCUGGGUUAGCAGUGGUUUUCACCUCGCCACACUUCCAUGGAUGGCAUUUUUGCCCAGUGUCUUUCUGAUAGUGGAGUCAUGAACAGUGACCCUUAUUGAUGCAAGAGAGGCCUGUAGGUCCUUUGAUGUUGUCCUUGGCUCUUUUGUGACUUCCUGGAUGAGUCGUUGUUGUGCUCUUGGAGGAAUUUUGGAAGAUCAGCCUCUUCUGGGAAGGUUCACUACUGUGCCGAGUUUUUUUCCAUUUGGAGAUAAUGGCUCUCACUGUGGUUCUUUGGAGUCCCAGAGCCUUUGAAAUAGCUUUGUAACCCUUCCCAGACUGAUGUAUUUCAAUCACCUUCUUCCUCAUCAUUUCUGGAAUUUCUUUCAACUUUGGCAUAGUGUGAUUGAACAGGGUUUGCAGUAAUCAGACCUGGUUGUGUCUAGUCCAGCUGAACUUCAUUAUGAAUAGAGUUUCAUAGAUUUGGGGAAUUAGUAAUUACAGGAGCAAAUACAUUUUCACACAGGCCUAGUUGGUAUUGGAUAAACUUCUUGCUUGAUAAAAACUAUUUUGUGUUUACUCAGGUUGCCUUUGUUUUAUCUUAGAUUUUGUUUAAAUUUCUGAAACAAUUUAGCAUGAGACAUACACCAAAACAGAAGAAAUCAGGUAUAUAUGGUGUAUAUAUGGAUGCACUACGUAGACUUCUUCUUUAAUUGAAAAUGCCUAAUGGGGCAGUGGUGGUUCAAUAGUUAAGGCUUUGGCCCUCAAGCCCCAGCACUGCCAAGCUGCCACUGUUGGGCCCUUGAGCAACGAAAUGAAUUUCAAUGUGGUGUAAUGUAUAUGUGAGAAAUAAAGGCUGCUGCUGCUUUUUCUUAAUGCCAUGGUAGCCAGAGAGUUACUGAUUAACCCUCAGCUGCAUAGAGCAGUUUUUCAAUUUAGAUUCUGCCUCCUUUACAAAGAAUUUAGAAUAAAAUGAAUAAAUGCAAUGUACUUUUCCCACUCUGCUAUUAUUUGUUGAUCAACUCUGCUAUUAUGUGUUGAUUUGUUAUCAGGGUUUCUAUUGAAUUUUUAUAUUUUAUUCUGUAAUCAGAAGUGCCUCCUACAAUGUGAACAAACAUCACAAGUAUUCACAUGUACUGUUCUGAUUUCUUUUUUCAAUCUCUGAAUAUAAAUUCAUUUAUUAUACCUUGGACCUUCCUUUUGCUCUAUAUUUUCUUAAAUAUUUACUUUUGUAAAUAUUUUAGGAAUAGUGGAAAAAAAUUAAGCGAAAUAUAAAUCACAAGGCAAAGUAAAAAUUGCAAAGUGUUUUACUGACUUGAUGAAAGAUGUUCAGUGUCACAGUGUACAUGACAUUUUGUCUGUAUUAAUUUAUUAUUGCAUAAAUAAACAUACAAUUACUAACUGAUGUAACAAAUAUGCUUUGCUGCAAUAUGGUUUGUUGUCUUGCUGAAGCAUAUACACAAUACACAAGUACCAUACACGAGUAAAAAUAAAGGCCUGCACUGCAAUGCCUCUCUCUAUCUCUCUCUCUCACUCACACACACACACACACACACACACACACACACACACACAC